AUGGAGCUAUCACAGGACACUAUUAUCGAAGCAAAGGAAGAACUCCUGGUUUCACCAUUAUCUGGUGAAAACCCAAUUCGCAGAACUGCUUAUUUUAUCAAACCCUGUGGUGUUCAAAGACUAACACGUUUGUGUUUUCUUGGGGAGAAGCCUUUCUCUAGACCUCUUGUGAGUGAUGAGGAAAAGGAAGUAGAACAAGAGUUGAUUACUGUGUUUAGGAUGUUUUUCAAAUCGAAGGCCAAAAGGGCAGAUCAUAAUCCAUGGAUGAAGUAUUUCAUGAGUAAUGAAAGCAAUUUGGAACAUGAGGCAUUCUUGUGUUCCUGGUUGUCGAGGUUUGUUUUCCCUGGUAGAUCAUAUAAAUCCAUUCUGAAAAGUGUUUUUCCUAUUGCCAUACAGUUAGCAAGAGGGACUAAACUAGCUCUUGCACCUGCUGUCUUAGCCAACAUUUACAGGGAUUUGAGGUUGCUGAAUGAAAAAGUCAGAAUGGUCACAAUAGUGGAGUUAGAAGUUACAUUGUUGGCUCCUUUUCAGUUGGUCCAAGUUUGGGCAUUGGAGAGAUUUCCCUCGUUGCAGCCGUGUCCUCGAGUAGUUGAGCAAGGCCAACUCUUGAUGGCUAAAUGGCACACAGUGAAAAUGGUUAAACAUGACAACUUGAAAUUGAUUUUGGACUCUUCAAGAGCUGGAAAUGACUUUAUUUGGUGUCCAUUUGUGAAUUCUCCUCCUCUUCAGCUUUACAAUGAAAAUGACAAGAGUGGUUGCCAAGCUUAA